AUGACUCGCUUUGGAUUCCUCUCCCUGGCUCUUCUCUCCCUCCAGGCCUUCGUCGGCACCGGCUUCGCUGCUGAUGCCGAGAAUGUUGCGGAGACUGAGGCUCUCAGCCUUGCCGUCUCGGCAGAGGCCUCUUUCCCUGCCUCCGAGAUCUUCGGUGUGAAGCUCGUCAACGGUCACCCGACCCAGGCGCUGAUCGCUUUCACCAACGAUGAGUCGAACCCUGUUACCGUCAACUUCGUGGGUGGCAGCCUGUGGAGUCUCGACGAGCAGAGCAAGAAUGUUCGCAACCUGACCGCCACCCGUUACGGUGUCGAGAUCCCCGCGAACUCGAAGGAGAGCAUCAGCUACAGCUUCGCGACCGAGAUGCACCCAGUGGAUAUCCGUCUGAACAUCGCGGCCAUCAUGUCCGACAGCGAGGGCCACUUCUUCACCGUCCAGGCCUUCAAUGGCACUGUGAGCGUGGUGGAGCCUGAGACCAGCAUCUUCGACCCCCAGAUCAUCUUCCUCUACUUCUUCCUCCUGGCCUGCUUCGUCGGUGUCGUCUACUUCUUCUACACCGUCUGGAUCGCUCCCUACUUCCCCCAGAAGCGCAAGGGUGGCAAGUCCGGCGAGAAGAAGACUCCUGCUAAGCGCGAGAUUGUCGAGGAAACUCCCAGCCCCGCUGUCGCCUCUGCCACUACCUACAACGCUGACUGGAUCCCCGCCCACCACAUCAACCGUCCGGAGGCCCGGAAGGUCAAGGGCAGCAAGUCCAAGGCCCGCGCGUAA